UCGCUCUCGGCCGCCGCUGCCUCCGGCCGGGCAGAGCGCGAGCGGGCGAGCGCGGGAGCGGGCGGCUGAACGGAGGCUCCGGCCAUGGCCACCACCAGCACCACGGGCUCCACCCUGCUGCAGCCCCUCAGCAACGCCAUGCAGCUGCCCAUAGACCAGGUCAACUUUGUAGUGUGCCAACUCUUUGCCUUGCUAGCAGCCAUUUGGUUUCGAAUUUAUCUACGUUCAAGCAAAACUAGCUCUUUUAUAAGACAUGUAGUUGCUACUCUUUUGGGCCUUUAUCUUGCACUUUUUUGCUUCGGAUGGUAUGCCUUACAUUUUCUUGUACAAAGUGGAAUUUCCUACUGUAUCAUGAUCAUAAUAGGAGUGGAAAACAUGCACAAAUAUUGUUUUGUGUUUGCUUUGGGAUACCUCACAGUUUGCCAAAUUACUAGAGUCUAUAUCUUUGAUUAUGGACAAUAUUCUGCUGAUUUUUCGGGCCCAAUGAUGAUAAUUACACAGAAGAUCACUAGUUUGGCUUACGAAAUUCAUGAUGGGAUGUUUCGCAAGGAUGAAGAACUAACUCCAUCGCAGAGAGACUUAGCUGUAAGGCGCAUGCCAAGCCUAUUGGAGUAUUUAAGUUACAACUGUAACUUCAUGGGUAUCCUGGCAGGCCCUCUCUGUUCUUACAAAGACUACAUUACUUUCAUUGAAGGCAGAUCAUACCAUAUGGCACAACCAGGCGAAGAUGGAGAAGAAGAGAUACGGUAUGAAAAAACAGAGCCGUCUCCAAACAUCGCAGUUAUUCAGAAGCUCUUAGUAUGUGGACUUUCCUUAUUAUUUCAUCUGACUAUCUCUAAAACAUUACCCGUGGAGUAUAACAUUGAUGAACAUUUUCAAGCUACAGCUUCGUGGCCAACAAAGGUUAUCUAUCUGUAUGUCUCUCUUUUGGCUGCCAGACCCAAAUACUAUUUUGCAUGGACAUUAGCCGAUGCCAUUAAUAAUGCUGCAGGCUUUGGUUUCAGAGGAUAUGACAAAAAUGGAAUGGCUCGUUGGGACUUAAUUUCCAAUUUGAGAAUUCAGCAAAUAGAGAUGUCAACAAGUUUCAAGAUGUUUCUUGAUAAUUGGAAUAUUCAGACAGCUCUUUGGCUCAAAAGGGUGUGUUACGAACGAGCCUCCUUCAGUCCAACUAUCCAGACGUUCAUUCUCUCUGCCAUUUGGCAUGGGGUAUACCCAGGAUACUAUCUAACAUUUCUAACAGGGGUGUUAAUGACGUUAGCAGCACGAGCUAUGAGAAAUAACGUUAGACAUUAUUUCAUUGAACCUCCCCAACUUAAAUUAUUUUAUGAUGUUAUAACAUGGAUAGUAACACAAAUAGCAAUAAGUUACACAGUUGUGCCAUUUGUACUUCUCUCUAUAAAACCAUCAUUCAUGUUUUACAGCUCCUGGUAUUAUUGCCUUCACAUUGCUGGUAUCUCAGUAUUAUUGUUGUUGCCGGUGAAGAAAACUCAAAGUGGAAAGAAUAUACAUGAAAAUACUCAGUUCUCACGAUCCAAAAAGUUUGAUGCACAAGAAAAUUCUUUGGGACAUAAUAGUUUUUCCACAACAAACAAUGUUUGCAAUCAGAAUCAAGAAAUAGCCUCUAGACAUUCAUCACUGAAGCAAUGAUGGAGAAAAUGCCUUGACGGCCAUGUUUUCUAUGUUAACAGAAACCAAUCUUAGCAUCUUUUCAAAGAGUUUUUGUUUGUUUGAAAAGAGAUUAUGUGGGGGGGAAAUUGGACAUUGAUGGAUAGGGAAUUUCCUAUAUAUCAGAUUGGAAAUGGAGUGAAAUAACCCCACCCAUGCCAUGUCCCUGAGGGCUACGCCUUAUAUAAAAAUAUCUCCAUUAUUUCCACGGGCACUCAGGACCUCAGCAGAUGUUCAUAGGGUCAUAUGUGUGCCCUGUUGCUGAAUGUACAUUGCGUACCCCAAGGCACUGAAGGGGUGGAAGAAUAAUUGCGUCAAUCUGGAUGACUGAGAGAAAUUAUUUACUUUUGCAAAUGAAUGUCUUGCCUUAAACCCUCUAUUUCCUAAAAUGUUGUUCCUAAAUGGUAUUUUCUUGUGUAAUAGUGUGAGAAUUCAUAUUUCACAUAUUUGAUGUUGUGUGCUGUAAAGGAAUCUAGGAAGAAUUUAAAACAGGAUAUUUAAGAUUGUGGAUACUUAAAAAUGCAAUAAACAUCUCAGUAUUUUGAAGGA